AUGUUUAAUUACAAGUAUUUAUCUCGGGAACAUCUCGAAGGAUUUGAUAAUUACAAGUACAUGUCAAAAGACACCAGUCCUCUCAGUGUUUAUGUUAUGCACCCAUUUUGGAAUAAAGUUGUAGAGCUAGUACCAAGAUGGGUUGCACCAAAUGUUUUAACGUUUUCGGGAUUUCUCUUCACUGUACUCGAUUUCAUACUAUUGUCAUACUAUGAUUAUGACUACACGGCAGCCAGUGCAAUGGUGAAAAAUGAAACUGUGGUUGAACCACUGAAUGGCAGGACCGAAGUAAUACCCCAAACGCUGUGGUACUUUCUGUCAGUGUUCCUGUUUUUGGCAUAUACCCUGGAUGGUAUUGAUGGUAAACAAGCCCGUAGAACACAAACAUCAGGCCCGCUUGGUGAACUCUUUGACCAUGGACUGGAUUCAUACUCAGUUUUCUUUAUACCUGCUUGCCUUUAUUCCAUAUUUGGUCGACUGGAUUUCUCCAUUCCACCUAUAAGAAUGUAUUAUGUGAUGUGGAACCUUCUUUUGAAUUUCUACAUAAGCCAUUGGGAGAAAUACAAUACUGGAGUAUUGUUCCUGCCCUGGGGAUACGAUUUUAGUAUGUGGGCAUCGACAUUUUUCUUCAUGUGGACUGGGGUAAAGGGAACAGGGUACUAUAAAAAGUACAUUUUUGGCAGCUAUACUUUAGCCAAUGCCUUCGAGUGGGUCAUAUAUGGAACGGGUGUCUUCACCAAUCUACCUGUUGCCUUGUAUAAUAUAUAUUUGUCAUACAAACUUCGAACCGGUAAAAUGCGUAAUCCCCUAGAAGCGAUACGGCCCGUUUGGUCAAUUUUAAGUGUAUUUCUGGUGUCGUCGGUGUGGGUCCAUAAGUCCCAUUUGGUGGAGAUCGAGCCAAGAGGAGUUUUCCUGCUGAUUGGCACUUUGUUUAGUAACGUUGCUUGCCGGCUUAUAGUUAGUCAAAUGAGUAAUCAGAGGUGCGAUGCUAUCAACUGGCUCCUUUGGCCGUUAACCGGAAGUGUCAUAGCAUCAAUUGUAUUCCCGGGAUACGACCUGGCUAUAUUCUACGCUCUGACGCUUCUAGUAAUCGUUGCUCAUGUGCAUUAUGGCGCUUGUGUGGUACGACAAAUGUGUGAUCACUUCAGAAUAAGAUGUUUCCACAUAAAACAACGUGCAGAUUGA